AUGGCGAAGCCCACGAAAAAGGUGAAGGGGAAGGGGAAAGCGCCUCGCAGCUCUUCAAAAGGCCCGGGUUUCGACAACAGUGAGCUCGACAAUCUGACGUCUACAAUCGAUAACAAGUUGGGCAAGCGAAAGCAGCCUCCCACGAAAGGUGCAGGCGACCAGCAUCAAAAGAGACAGCGAAACUCCGAAGGCUCAACCGACUACAAAAAGAGCGGCAAGAUUGACGAAAAGACUCUAUUGGAAGAAAUCAAGGCUCUUGGCGGCGACGAGAGCGACUUGGCCCUCAUCCAAGGUAUCGACUCGGAUGAUGAAGAGUACGCUCAAGGGUCCAAGGAUUCCAAGUCUGUCGACAAGGGGCUGAAGGAUGAACUUGCUGCUUUGUCCAAGCAGCUUGGUUUCGCAGAGGUUGAAUUGAGUGAAGCUAGUGACGAAGAGGAGGAGGAAGAGGAGGAGGCCGAAGAAGAGAAUGAGGCUGAGGAUUUUGACGAUGAUGAAGACGAGGACGAGGACGAGGAUGAGGACGAAGCCGAGGCGCCAAAGGAAGCCCCCAAGAAGAAAGGCAACAUGACCUUCGAGCCCCUCGCAGACUGGCAUGCUGCUGACCUGCGCAAACUGCCAGCACCAACUACGGAUGAGACCAACCCACCCAGAGCAGCCCUAGAUGCUCUGAAGCGCCAUGCCGAGACACUCCUCGAGGAAGACGCUGCCAAGUACAGAACCAGCAUUUUUGCCCAGUCUUCGCACAAGUUCUUGUCGACCAUCAUGACCUCCGGUACUCUCAGUGACAAGGUUUCUGCUCUUACUCUGGCUGUUCAAGAAUCCCCGGUUCACAACAUUCGAGCUUUCGAUGCCCUUAUGACCUCAGCCUCCAAGAAGAGCCGAGGACAAGCCCUUGGUGCCAUUGGCGCGCUUGUUGAUUUGCUCGGCCCUGGCACUUUGCUCCCUGCUGACCGUCGUCUUCGAGCUUUCCACGAUCAACCAGGUCUAGUCGGAACUCUACAACGAAACCCCGGAAAGCCAUGGGCUCCUGGCAACCCGUUGCCCGGCAAGAUCACGCCCGCUCAUCUGAUUUCAUGGGCUUAUGAGGAUUGGCUGAAACAAACCUAUUUCAAGCUUAUUCAACUUCUUGAGAACUGGUGCUCAGACGAGAUCGAGUACUCCCGUACCCGCGCGCUUGACUUUGUCUAUGGUCUUCUCAAGGAGAAGCCUGAGCAAGAGUCUAACCUUCUUCGGCUGCUGGUCAACAAGCUCGGUGAUCGAGACCGCAAGAUCUCUUCUCGAGCAUCGUACCUCCUGCUUCAGCUGCAGAACUCCCACCCGGGUAUGAAGCCUUUCAUCGUCCGAACGAUUGAGCAGCAGAUUCUUCUACACCCGACCCAGGAUCACCGAUCAAAGUACUACGCUAUCAACACCCUCAACCAGACCAUCCUCAGCAACAAAGAACCCGCCAUCGCCGAAGCUCUUAUGCGGAUCUACUUCGAGCUCUUUAGCAUCAUUCUCAAGACAGGAACUCUGGGUAUUUCCACACCGGCUGACAUGAAAGCGGCCAAGGAGGAAGAGGAGAAGAGGAAGAAGAAGGAAGAAGAAAGCAACGUCAAUGGUUUUAGACCACGGAGACGCCGCGGUGGCAAGCCAGCGAAACCCGCAGCUUCAGAGCCCGAGGCUGAGGCUGCUGAUAAGCUCGUGUCUGCUAUCCUGACUGGUGUCAACCGCGCUGCUCCCUUCAUGGUUGGCAACGACGCUAUGAUGGAAACUCAUCUUGACACCCUCUUCAAGAUCGCCCACUCAGGCAACUUCAACACAGGCAUCCAAGCUCUUCUUUUGAUUCAACAAAUAUCUUCUUCACGAAGCCUUUCAAAUGAUAGGUUCUACAGGACUCUAUACGAGUCUUUGCUAGAUCCCCGACUGAUCAACUCAUCCAAGCAAGCGCUCUAUCUGAACCUUCUUCUGCGUGCGCUCAAGAACGACGUUGAUACUCGCCGAGUCAAGGCAUUUGCUAAGCGAAUGCUCCAGGUCUCUGGACUUCACCAACCCGCAUUUUCAUGUGGGCUCCUCUACGUUGUUGGGCACCUACGCGAGACUUUCCCCGAUCUUUCAACACUGUUGGAAGAGCCGGAGGAGAUAAUGUUUGAUGAUGAGGCUGCGAAUGAGAAGCAGAAGUAUGAUGGCCGAAAGAGAGAUCCCGAGUACAGCAACGCCAACCGAAGUUGCUUGUGGGAGGUGAUUCCCCUCCAAGGCCACUACCACCCCUCAGUUACAGUGUACGCCGCGUCGGUAUUGGAGCAUGACAAGAAGUCACUGAAGCCGGAUCUCGACAGCCACUCGCUCAUUCGAUUCUUGGACAAGUUCGUCUACCGAAACCCCAAGGCCAACGACUCUUCCAAGGGUGUGUCGAUUAUGCAGCCUCUCCGAGCUGCCAAGGAUAUUGGCGAUAUCUGGCUCGGCAGCCGUGGAGCUGGAGGUGUUACAACUUCCGUCAACUCGUCCGCUUUCUGGAAGAAGAAGUCAGAGGAUGUUGCCGCUGAGGAUGUCUUCUUCCACGAGUACUUCCAGCAGGUUGGCAAGGAAGGCAAGGAGACCAAGAAGAAGGCCCAGGCCACAGGAGAUGACGACGGGUCAGAUGAUGAGCAAGAAGACGAAGUCUGGAAGGCACUGGUCUCGACUCACCCUGACGUUGAUCCUGAUGAUGGCUCCGAUGUUGGCUUCGACCUGGACGACUCAGACAUGGCCUCAGACGACGAUUCACCGGCACUAUCACUGGAUGGCGAGUUGGGUGAGGACGAUGAUGAUGACAUGAGCGUGGACAUCGAGGGAUCCGACGAGGGAUCCGACGAGGAGAUGGGCGGAGCUAUGAUCAGCGAAGACGAGGAAGACUUCGAGGUCAAGGAGGCCGUGAGCGAGAAACCCAAGUCGAAGCGCAGAAAGCUCAAGGACCUCCCCAUGUUUGCCUCAGUGGACGAUUAUGCGGAGCUUUUGGCUGGAGAGGAGGACAUGUAG